GCAUAUUUAGCGAAAUUCAUCCGAGGAAAACGCUUUUCUGAAUUGCUUAUUCAGUUUUAACGUUGUGUUUUUUAUCGGAUUUAUUCACGGCUCUUAAGUUAUAAUGAGCGAGUUUAACGAGAUAAUUCCGGCUAACUACAAAGUUAACACUAGCUAUGUAGUAUAACGGUUAGCUAGCUAGACUUCGCACUGUUGACAGCGCCAUGUCCCUGGCGAAAUGAAUUUCCGUCAGUGGUGUCGUUCAGUUCCGAUAUUUAUCGUCUUGUGUGGACGUUUGGCAAACGCAGCAACAGAAUCGGGGGUUACUUCAACUGAUAAUAUCAGCCCUACAAAUGGGGAGCCUUUCAGCUCGGCGACCCCUGCUCCGGGCGGUACAGCGGCCUUGGACUCGGCCACUGUCGGCACCGCUGAGGCGGUCACUCUGGACUCCGUUAUCACGACGCUGAGUGUGUCUGAAGCUCCCACUGUGGUCAGUGAAGCGCCCUCUGCAACCACCGCUCAACCUGUGCUGACUUCACAGGGUUGUCUCUGUGAUUUAACCCCUGAUUUCUGUGACAUUGCCUGCUGUUGUGACACAGUUGAUUGUGGCAUUGCGAACUUGAGCACAGUCUUCACCGGAUGUCAACAGAAAGCCAUAUCAGGAGUUUGCAUUGAGAAAUGGCUGAUGUUCAGGGCAAACGUGGAGUCCUCUCUUGUCACUGUGACUGACUCCUUGUUUUGUGUCCAGCCUGAAGAUAAUGCAUCCCAGUCCCUCCCAGCUCUACCUCAGUAUCCGGCUUUAGGGGACUCGUACCACUUCUCACCACCAGCACCCACAAGCAGCAGCCAUAGCAGAGAUUUCUACAGGGUGGAUGAUGUCAUCCAGACAUAUUUCUCCAACUCGUCUGUGCGGGGUCUCCUUUGUCAGCCCUCUCCAGGAGCUGCUGCUUCUGCAUUCUGUAUCAACCGCAACCCUGCAAAGUUCUUGAGGUCUGUGUCUCUGUCUUGUACCCGCAUGUUAACUCCUCAGUCAUGCACCACAGACCCAAAUCUCAAUGCUCGCUCCUACUUCUCCGACCUGAGUCUGAUCAAGAUUCCAGUAGUCGAGACGGCGCAAGUGUCAGACUUUCUGAUCCCAGUUACGCCGCUGUCAGACUGGCCUACACCAAGCAAACAAAACAACUCCUGUGUCAAUGUGGUGAAAAAGGUGGAGUUUGUCAUAGGAUACACAGGCAGAGGGGAACUCACGUAUGCAACCGUGAACGUGGUCUUAGCUGACGUGGAUCCAAAUCAGUUGCUGUUGCAGACGCACUCUGUGCAGUUCCAGCUGGCAGCACCCAGCACCACUCCAGGAGGGCCGAUCCCUGCAGUCGGAUUGAGAGCAGGAUCUCCUGUCAUUGGUCGCUUUGAUGGAGAAGUGAAGGCUCUGACCACACUGGGGGUGUCGCAGAGUGGGGAGUGUUCCUCUGAGCCCAGCAGACAGGCCCCCAUCCUCUUCACGCACAAUGCCAUCGCUGGCUGCACAUUCAGUUCCCAAUCUAGUGACUGUUCAGAGCUGCGUUCCCAGGUUUAUGGGAUCUUGCAGGGACUUGCUACUCCUGAUGUGAUCGCCAUGAACUUGGGCUCCCAACCGGACUGGACGAGAGUUAUCACCCAGGAGUGUCCUGUUAGCCCGCAGGAAACAUGUGAAUCAGGCUGCAUCCUCCCCAACUCUCUCUCCAUCCGAGUGCUGUGGGCUCGCCAGGGUCUGUUAGACCUUUCACAGAACUACAUCCUGGGAGCCAAAUACCUUUUCCAGUGUCAAAAUGUCAAAUGUCCUGUGUUGUCCCCUAUCAUCCUAACCACCGAAGUGACGUUUGUCGACACUACAAUUUACCCAGAACCCCCUAGGGGCUCACCUCAGCCUAGCUGGAAGUUUCCAUUUGGUUUCUUCACUAGAGGCACAGCUGAGCUGGACGGGCACAUUGUUGUUAACGGCACUGAGAAGGUCACAUGGAGUUUAAUGCUGUUCACAGUAAUGUUACUAACAGGAUUAGAAUUCUUCACUAGGUAGCUGGUCGCUGACAGUAGAGCAGUUAGGACACCUUUGAAGUUUCAAUUGCUUGUCUAGUCUUAUAUGAAUGAUUUUUUACUAUGUCAUGCUAUUUUGCGAAGCUUUUUUUGUAUAAUAUAAAGAGUUGUCCAUUCAAGUAAAACAUCAAAAUGCUAAAACACCGUAAUUUAUUCUUUUGUACAUUCUCAGGAAUA